AGUGGGUGUGUCUGCACAGCCAGAGAGAGAGAGGAGCGAGGGGAACAGCAUGUGCCUCUCUCUCGUCUGGCACUGUCACCCCUGGAUCCAUCACACGUGUUUUCAAACCUCUCUCCUUGCUUUGCUGGCUCACUUUCCCUUCGUCCAUGCGCCCCAUGUGUCCCUCCCCAUCUUCUCACCUCUUUUCUUUCCACGUGGCCCACAGCGCUCUACUGCGACCACGGGGGCCUGGCUCACAUCCCGGCCCGCCUGCCGGACAGAACCCAGUACCUGUUCCUGCAGGGCAACAACAUCUCCUCCCUGUCCUCCUCGGUUCUGGGCAACAUUACGGGGCUGCGCUGGCUCAUCCUGGACCACAACCAGCUAGAGGGCGACGGGCUGGACCGCGCCGCCCUGCAGAACCACACGCGCCUGCGCCACCUGUUUGCCAACCACAACAAGCUGAGCUCGGUGCCCAGCGCGCUGCCGAGCGGCCUCCGGCAGCUGCGUCUGGCCCACAAUCGAAUCAGCAGCAUCGGCCCCGGGGCGUUCCAGAACCUGCGCAACCUGACGCUGCUGCUGCUGCAGGGAAACCGGCUGAAGAGCAUCGCAGAGGGCGACCUCAAAGGUCUGGUCCGUCUGAACAUGUUGGACCUCAGCAGGAACAUGUUCUCCACUGUCCCCAGUCAUUUGCCGCCCUCCAUCCAGCAGCUCUAUCUGUCCAAUAAUUCCCUCUCAGCGCUGAGUAAGGACAGCUUCGCCAGUCUCCUCAACCUUAAGUUUCUCCGUCUCAGCCACUGUGGCUUACAGAGCCGCAGCGUCCAUGAGCAGAGCCUCAACCUCUCCAGUUUGGUGGAACUGGACCUUUCCUACAACAGACUCACAGCCAUCCCCACGGUCCCCACCAGCCUGCAGUACCUCUACAUGGAGGCCAAUGAAGUGCAAGGUGGGGUGAACACACACAAGCUGCGGAUGCAUUCACAUCCCCAGUGGAAACGGCAGAUGUGGAACUGACGUCAUGUCUGUCCCACACGUUCGUACAUUUAUAAUGAAUAAUAUCUAUCAGGAUGGAGGGGGCCUAAGGGCAAACCCUGCUGUGAAGGAGCAGUAAUGUGGAAAAUGUUGAGAGAGGGAGAAAAAAGUCCUUGACACAUAUUGACACAGGAGAGACUGGGAUUGGGCAGCGAACAGGGGAGGUUCAUCAGACGUGGGCGUAGAAGGAUAAACAACUGGAGGAGGCAGUCACACUGCUGGGGGCAGGUCAGGCUGUUGGUGGCUCGGAACCAGGCCGGGUCCAGCCGUCCCUUGAGGCUCAGCACGCUGGGCUCACCCAGUAGGCGGUUGAUCCACAGAGGGACGCCCCCGUAGUCCAUGUCAGGGAGGACGGUGGCCGAGGCAGAGUGACCCAAAAGCAGCAGCACCAACGCAACCCGGCACGAAGGAGCCAUGGAGC